AUGCAGAUGGAUAGGAAAACACAAAUCAUCGACUACGAUGGAAACAUGAUAGCGGAUCUGAAAGAAUGGAUGAUUAGGAAUAAGCUAGCUAAUCUUGGGUUCAACUAUAAUGUGGUGGCAAUUUUAGGUAGCCAAAGUAGUGGGAAAAGUACUCUCCUUAAUAAUUUAUUUAAAACAUCAUUUGAUGUAAUGAACACAAAACUGGGUCAUAGUCAGACAACCCAGGGGUUAUGGUUAAGUUUCGAUACUUUUGAGGAGAGUCCAGUUUCCCCUUUGGAGAAAGGUAAUAGCACCACUCCAAUAAAUCCCACAUUAAUUCUAGACGUUGAGGGAAACGACUCGAAAGAAAGGGGAGAUAAUCGCCUGACCUUUGAGCAUAGAUCAGCGUUGUUCUCCUUAGCCUUGGCGGACUGCUUAAUUGUGAAUCUGUGGUACCACUCGUUAGGGAAUUUCACAGCGUCGAAUUAUGGUCUCUUAAAAACAGUGAUGGAAGUGAAUCUGGAAUUAUUUCAGCAAGAUAAAAACUGUCCAAAAACGAUUUUGCUAUUUACAGUGAGAGACUGGUUCGAAGAAUUCGCAUCGAUAGACAUUGUGAAGAAUAAAAUCGUUGAAGAAUACUUAAACAAAAUAUGGGCUGAAAUGAAGAAACCACCAAGUGCAAAAAAGGCAAAUAUAAAUAAUUAUUUCAUAGUGGAAGUUGUAGGAUUAUCACAUGCAAUUAUUAAAAAAACAGAAUUUUUAAAUGAUGUAGAAAAUUUAAGGAAAAAAUGGAUCAACGAAUUAAGACCGUUACAAUAUUCAAGGAAUAUUCCUUCAGAUGGUUUUGCGCAUUAUUGUAAUAACAUUUGGAAUACAAUCGUGAAGCAAUCUCAACUGGAUAUUCCAUCACAGAAGGAAAUGUUAGCUACAUUUCGAUGUCAAGAAAUUAAAAAUAACGUUAUUAGUAACACUUCCAAAAUGAUAAAGGAAAAGUUAACUGCAUCAUCAUCUCAGCCUACUAGUGCCUCUAUUGAUGAGUUUAAAUCUUGGGCUGAAAAAGACAUCGUGGAAAAAAGCCUCGAUGAAUAUUUUGUAGAUGCUUCCAGGUAUACAGAAAGCAUAUGCCUAAAGACUUCGGAGGAAUUAUUGGAGAGUUUGUUCAUACAACUACAAACCAUUGUGGAUAAUAAUUUAAAUUUUACGCAGAGAGUACUGUCUGCCAAAUUUGCAAAUGAACUUAAUACCAUGUACAGUGUGUGCACUUCCGACAAGAACGUUUUCCUCUUCAGUAAGGAGUCCAAUCUACAAGUACACAAAGAUGGAAACGGUAGUAAUUCCUCCAAGGAGGAUAAGAAGGAUGAAAAUACUAGUCAAGAUAAAUGCAUUCGCUUAUGGUCCAGUUUUCUGUCCAAUGCGGAUAAGCUCGAAUACAUUACUUUCUGUAACUUCUUUGAGAGUUAUCAAAAAUGCAACAUUGAAAUUAGGAAAAAAAAUAAAAUCCACGAAUUUAAUUAUAAACCUUCAUUGAACAUACUUUUAACAUCCAUCUGCAAAGACAUGAAUAGAAUUCGAAAUACACAAUUCACCGUCCUGCUAGAGCGCACCAGGGCCACCAUCAAAAGUAGGUUCAAAAAUAUGGAUAAUCUACUUAUCACGACGAAGAACCCGGAGGAGUACUGGAAUCACACGCUCAAAAUUGUUAAGGCACUGCAGGAAAGUAUAAAUAACAACCUAACCAAAUGCUUCAUAAACCUGAAAGGGGGAGGCCCGGGGAGUAGCGUCGCUGGCAUUUCAAAUGAACUGUUUGACCAUGAUGAAGAUAAUACAUUCCACGUGGAUAGCCCAUCGGAAGGACACAGAUCGAUAAGUGACAAUCGUACAGCCCAUGAGAACAAGCAUUAUGUAGAUGAAAAUCUCCUGAACUACAAAAAAAUAGAUAUAAUUAAAAAUAAAGGCAAGUACAUCAGUAGUGUAAGCGAAGAAAUAGACAAACAGAUAAAAAACAAAAAAGCCAUUUCAGAAUUGAACAAUUACUACCUGGAUGAAAUAAUGGAUGUACUUAAAAGUAAGCUAGACGAAAUAUCGGAUAAUUUAUCCUCCAUCAUAAUUCAAAGAUUUGAAUCUGUUUUCAAUUACGAUGAUGCUGAACAACCAAGACACUGGCGCGAGAUUUCCAUGGCCGAAUUGAAAAAAAUUUUCCGAGAAUCAAAAAAUUAUGCUUUUCUAAUUAUUGAUAUUCUACAGAAAAAUAUUAAGGUAGAACUCAUUGAUGAUUACUUACCAAAUAAUUUUAUAAAGGAUGAAGUUAUCGAGAAGGGGAAAAACAAGGCCAAGAGGAAGAUCCAAGAAAUAUGCAGGGAUGCUCAGUAUAUCCAAGAGACGGGUGGUAAAAUGAGUUUAAAAAAUGUGCCUCUUUUUUUUUGGGUAAUUCUGUUAAUCCUAGGAUGGAAUGAACUUUUGUUUUUUAUUCGCUUCUUUUUUCGCCUGAAUAUUAUUUUGCCUCUAUUUUUGGCCGCCGCCGUCAUUCUGUCGACUCUCUUUUUCAAUGGCAAUAUGGAGGUGCUUUCCACCAUCAAUAAGGUGGUCUUUUUUCUGGCCAAGAGUUCGUUUGGUUUCUACCGGCAAUUGCAGACGAUGGGAGAAAAAGUCGCACAGGUUCCCACGGCGGACUAA